AUGGGCGGGCCUUUUGUAAACGACGCCGUUGGAGACUGGCUGACUGAAACUGGGCCUAACCAAGCUCAUUUAUUCGACGCAUCGGCUCAUUCAGCAAUGUAUGAAACGUUGCUGCAAGGAAGUAGCUCAUCCUCGAACCAAAACAACAACAACAACAUGGUUGGUGAAUACCACGUGUCAAACCCUAACGGUAGUGACAUGUUCCAAGAAUGGGCCCAAACCUAUAAUUCGACAACUGGCCUCAAUCCCUCGGCCUUGUUUCCUCCCAUGCAGCAACCACAUCAGCUUGGAGUGGUGGGUCCUAAAAUGGAGGAAAGUGAAAUACCAGUUAUGAAGAGGGAGGCAGAAGCAGACCAUGAGGUCUCCGACUAUGAUAUUAGAAUGCCUCAGCUCAGUAGCCAAUAA